GUAUCAUCGCUGCUGAGGGAGAGCUAUGGCGCGAGCACAGAAAAUUCGUGGCUGGCUGCCUGAAAAACUUUGGUAUGGCCAGGUUCGCCAGCCCCAGGCGCAACAAGCUCGAGGAAAGAAUUUUAAUAGCCGUCGAAGAAACUCUCGUGAAAUUAGAAGAUCGUUCAAAUGGAGUCGAUGGUUUGGAUCCGCAUAGUAUUCUGCACCAUUGCAUCGGAAAUUUGUUGAAUCAUUUGGUGUUUGGUAAGGUAUACGAGGAAGAUGACGAGGACUGGAAAUGGCUGCAAUGGGUACAGGAAGAGAGCGUUAAGGAUAUAGGAGUGGCAGGCCCACUAAACUUUUUGCCAUUUCUUAGGUUUCUGCCACAUUACGCCAAAACCAUGAGCCGCUUAAUGGAGGGAAUAAAAAAAACGCACGAGAUCUACCGCAAAAUACUGGAGGAACAUAAAAAACAUCCGAAAGAAACAAAUAGCGUUUUGGCAGCUUAUGCGGAGGAAAUGAAGCGCCGUAGAGAAAACGGUGAGCCGCUUGGUUCUUUCACCGAAACCCAGUGCUUUUACCUUUUGGGUGAUAUGUACGGAGCCGGAGUCGAUACGACUUUGGUGACGAUUUGGUGGUUCCUGCUUUUCAUGGCUGCUUUCCCCGAUGAGCAGGUGAGAGUCCGUGCUUACUGUACUCUUUCAUGCGA